AUGAACAUAAAAAUUGACAUAUCUGCAAGGAAAAAUUAUUAUUUAAUGCUUGAAAACGAUAUAAAUGCUGUAGUAAUUGUAAGAAAGUAUGACUUUGGAACACACUAUCUCCGAUAUAGUCAUGAGUUGUCUCUAGAAGAUUGUUGUAUUAGCAAAUUAGUGCAUGGUAAUAUCGAACAAUUCCUUCAAGAGUAUAACAUAAAGAACGUAAGGGAACUUUCUGCAUACUACUGGAAGGAGGAUUAUAAACUGAGAAAACCUUUAGUUAUAACUGUUACUGGACAAACCAACAAUUCAGUCACAUUCAAAAGAAAGAAAGGUUCGUGUAGUUGGACCAACAGUCCCGAAAGUAUAUCUGUUAAUAUUUUAAAUGAGCAAAAUACGCUAAUUAAUGGUAUAAUUCAUCUGGAUAUUUCGAAAGGAUCUAGCGAUGAACAUAUCACAACCAAUUGCAAAAGUAAGGACAUUCAGGUAGACUAUAACAUCUCUACUUAUAUCUUGGACUUGGCUCCAUCUAUAAUCACAUACAAUGGGAAAAUGAUAAACAUAUUUCCACUGCACAUUGACAACAUUGUAAAACUUUCAGUGUAUUCAUUGUCUGGUGAUAAUCGAGACGAUAAACUCCUAAUAAAUGUCGUUCAAAAGAAUAAGUGUAAAGGCUCUGACUAUUCUUUUUGGUUUGAAAACUCUGGUCAAGGAGAAAGGAAUACCCAGUGGAGAUAUCUCAAGGGUGAAGAUGCUCCAUACAACGUAAUCACCCUAAAGACAAAGUUGCGCAUAUUGAAUGAUAAAAUAAAGGCUCCAGGGGUCACGGCAUAA